AUGGAAAGUGAUGCAUAUCGACAAAUUACAGGAAUAAUUGUUGGUGGUGGUAAUCGUGGACAAAAUUAUGCUGAGUAUGCUCGUCAUUUACCAAAUCGUUUUCGUUUAAUUGCUAUAGCUGAGCCACGAAUAAGUGUACGUAAAAAAAUACAAAAACUUUAUUCACUUGAAGAUAAAUAUGUAUAUGAUGAUUGGCGUCGAUUAGCUGAUUCAAAUGUUGAACGUCUUGCUGAUUGUGCUCUUAUAACAUUACCAGAUCGAGAACAUUAUGAAGCAACUAUACAAUUAGCUAAGAAAGGUUAUCAUAUUCUAUUAGAAAAACCAAUGGCUACGAAACUUGAACAUUGUAAAGAAAUUGUUCAAGUUUGUCGAGAUAACAAUGUUAUAUUAGCUGUUUGUCACGUUUUACGUUAUUUACCUGUUGUAAGAAAAAUUAGAGAAUUAUUGGAUAACAAUGUUAUUGGUAAACUUAUUUCAAUUCAACAUAUUGAACCCGUUGGUUUUUGGCAUUUUGCUCAUUCAUUUGUACGUGGUAAUUGGCAUAAUGAAAAUGAAAGUUGUUUUUCAUUACUAGCUAAAUGUUGUCAUGAUUUGGAUUUAAUUCAAUAUUGGAUGCAACCACGUCGAUGUACAGAUAUUUCAAGUUUUGGAAAAUUGAUGCAUUUUAACAGUGAAAAUAAACCAAAAGGUGCUAGUGAUCGAUGUUUAACUUGUGCUGUUGAAUCAACAUGUCCGUAUUCAGCAAAAAAAAUUUAUCUUGAAACACCUAAUCGUCAUUGGCCAGUUUCAGUUCUUGUACCAGAUAUUGAAGAUAAUGAAAAUUGGGAUCAAAUUAAAAGUAAAGUUAUACAUGCUUUGGAAAAUGGACCAUAUGGAAAAUGUGUUUAUGGAGAUUGUAAUAAUGAUGUUGUAGAUCAACAAGUGGUUAUAUUAAAUUUUGAUGAUGGAGCAACAGCAACAAUGCAAAUGGUUGCAUUUACAGAAGAAGUAUGUCAACGUACAUCACGUAUAUUUGGUACUCAUGGUGAAUUAACAUGGAAAGGUGGAGACACAUUAGUUCAUUAUGAUUUUCUUACACAAAAACGUACAGUUUAUGAUGAAACUGAUUUUUCCGGUGCUGGUGUUAUGAGUGGUCACGGUGGUGCAGAUUUUUUUGCUAUGGACUCAUUUAUACGAGCAUUAUCAUUAAAUAAACCUGAAUUAAUUGGAACAGGUCCUGAAGAUUCAUUAAUUAGUCAUAUAAUAGCAUUUGCUGCUGAAACAGCUCGAAAAGAAAAUCGUGUUUGUAAAAUCGAUGAAUUUUUGUGA